GAUCUGUAAGAAUCUUGGGCAUGCCAAUGCUGAGUAGUGUGGUAAUCUGGAGACUGGAGUGUAUUUAUUCAUUAGUAUUUCGAAGUGUAUUGGUAUUUAAUAUUAUGAAUUUGUCUUUCUGUGUCCCAGUGGAUAAGGCAUGUAUCUUGAAGCUCAGCCAUAGACCGCAGAAUGGGGCCGGUAACGGGGCACUGUACCCCUUUUGAUUUUGGCAUUUUAACAUAAACCCUAUUGGCAUUUCAUGGAAAGAAUGGGGCCAAGAGUUGGCAGUGCCUCCCUUGAUUGAAGGUGUUCUGCUGCCACUGAGCUCAGUGGUGGCAAGUAGAUUCUGGUGAGGUUCAGUGAUUUGGACAGACAUUCUGAUUAAGUCAAUUCAUGACAUCAGAGAGAAGACACCUGCUUAGGAUGAACUCUGCCUCCAACAGUGGUUUCAAACACUCUUAUUGUUUUAUCAGUUCCACUAGGUGAUGAAAACUGUGCUAUGAACUAGCAGCACAAAUAAAACAAAAACAACAUUAGAGGGGCUUGUCCAGUGUCACCUCACCCUGAACAAACACACCAAAGCCAGUGAUGGAGGACGCUGUGGAGUCAGAGGUGCUGUGCAGCUUCUUUGCCAGCCACGGCCAGCUGCUGGCCGGGAUCGCGUGGGGCGCGCUGGGCCGCGCUGAGACGCUGCUGGAGAGCGUGCUGCUGCUGCUGCAGCUCUGCCUGCUGCGCCCAGAGAUGGUCGGCGUGGCCGUGGCCAUCGGCUUCCUCACGCUGCUCAUCAACGACCGCUCGUUCGCGGCGCUGGUGAGCAUCUGGCGCGCGGUGGCGGCGCGCGUGCCGCUGCCGGGCGCGCGCCGCGUCACAGACAUGGCGGCCGCGCUGUGCGGUGAGACGCCGCCGGCCGAGUGGCGCGGACGGCGCGCCACCGCCUUCGCCAUCCAGGGCCUGCGCGCCAAGAUGGAGGACCGGUUCGCGGCCGAGGAGGAGAUGGCGCUGGGCCCGUCGGGCCGCGCCGUGUCCGUGUACGCCGUGUAUGACGGACACGGCGGAGACUUUGCUGCCGAGUACACUAAGGACCACCUGAUCACGGCGCUCAAGGUCAAACUGCUGGAGCUGCACGCGCAGCGCGCUCCCGCGGCCGAGCCGUCGGAGCCCGCCGAGCCGGCCGGCCCGUCCGGCCUGCUGGCGGCGCCGGCCCCGCUGCACCCGGUGGCCUCGGCGCCAGGUGACCUCAGCGGCGAGCCUCCGAGCCCGGACGGGCCGCCGCCGCCGCCGCUCAUCACGGUGGAGCCGCCGGCGGAGUCGUCUGAGCGGCCGAGCGCGGCGCCGGCGCGCUGCCACGAGGCGUACCAGCGGCCGCGCGCGCCGCGCCGCGCCGAGUCAGCGCGCGGCGGCCUGCAGGGCGACAUGCUGGUCAACUUCCUGGGCGAGAUCAACUACACGCGAGUGCUGCAGGAGGUGUUCAGUGAGGUGGACGACCGACUGCUGGACGCCGCGCGGCGCGAGGCCAACAUCGCCGGUACCACGGCGGUGGUGGCGCUCGUGGACGGCGACCAGGUGGUGGUGGCCAGCUGCGGCGACUCACGAGCCGUGCUCUGUGACGCGCGCGGCAACGCCGUGCCGCUCACCACCGACCAUAAGCCCGACCAGCUGGCAGAGAAGAAGCGGAUCACGGAGGCGGGCGGUUUCGUGACGUUUAACGGCGUGUGGCGCGUGAACGGAAUCCUGGCGACGAGCCGGGCGCUGGGCGACCUGCCGUUCAAGGAGCGCCGUCUGCUGACCUGCCGGCCCGACGUGAGCACGGUCAGCGUGCGCCACCACGCGGCGCCGUUCCUGCUGCUGGCCUCGGACGGACUCUGGGACGCCGCCACCGGCCAGCAGGCCGUCCAGCACAUCCGCGACCGGCUGCACGAGCCGGACCUGGGCGCGCGCAGCCUGGCGCUGCUGGCCUACCAGCGCGGCUCGCUGGAUAACAUCACCGUGAUGGUGGUGGACCUGCGGCCCGGCCAGCUGGGCCGCAGCGGCAGCUUCCGCCGCCAGCCGGCCAGCUAGGCGGCCCGUCCGCAGCUCUCACCGCCCGGCGGGAGGGCGGUAUCUAGUCAGUCAGUCGCCUGUGUUAGCGGCGGAGGCGGCCGUGUGAGGGCGGGCGGGGAGGCUCCGCCGGCCGUGCUGUGGGUCUGUUGUUGACCGGCCGGGAAGGACAGAGGGCAGUCGACUCCUCCACUGCGCACGCCCUGCACAGUUGCAGCGAGGCGUGCGCUGCGCCUGGCGCGCUACGAACGUUAGCGUGUGACAUGUGACUGAAGGCUGACUCUCUGCGCACUGACAGUUCUGCUUAUGUUUACGCGUAUGACGUAUGACUAAAGGCUGGCGUCUCUGCGCACUGGCAGCUCUGCUAUGUUUAUGCAAUCACGCUGUGUUUACCCGAUACAUUCGGGACUCCCUACCCCAGGCUUUAUGUUUAUUAUGGUCCUUUUACCCACAGUUGAUGAUGUGUUCCCGGUAGAUUACCAGUGAUUGUUUCGUUGAUUUCCGGUAGCUUUCAGUACCGUUUCCCUCCCGCCGCUCCAGCGGUCGCUGAUGAUGUUCGUCCCGCUAGACGCGCGCUAUUUCCUGCUGGUGCCGCCAUCCGCACACAGAAUCACUGCGAUAUGACUGCAACAAAGGCCGACUGCUGUUGGCGCCCGUUGUUACGCCUGUACGCCGACACAGAUUUAUGAGCUUGUUCGGAUUGUUAUGUUUGUUGUAUUUAUCAGAUGAAUGAAUAUAGAUAAAUACAAAAUUGUGUAAAAACA